GUCCAAAAAAGGAGGUAGCAGAAUGUAAGGAAAAGUUCGCAAGUUCAGUGGAUCCAACGGUUAGUCAAACUUUUAUGCUAGAUCGAGUAUUCAACCCUGAGGGGAAGUCACUGCCGCCUAUGCGAGGAUUCAAGUAUUCCAGCUGGUCCCCGCUGGGCUGCGACGCGAACGGAAGGUGCCUGCUUGCAGCGUUAACCAUGGACAAUCGAUUGACCAUCCACGCGAACCUCAACAGGCUGCAGUGGGUGCAGCUGGUGGACCUGACAGAAAUCUACGGGGAGCGUUUGUAUGAAGCCAGUUACAAACUGUCUAAGGCUGACAGCCCCAGGGGAGAGCUAGGAGACUUCUCUGAAUUUCAGCGGCGGCACAGCAUGCAGACGCCCGUGCGCAUGGAGUGGUCGGGCAUCUGCACCACGCAGCAGGUUAAACACAACAACGAGUGCCGGGAUGUUGGUAGCGUGCUCUUAGCAGUACUCUUUGAAAACGGUAACAUUGCAGUUUGGCAAUUUCAGCUUCCAUUUCUGGGUAAGGAAUCAAUUACUUCUUGCAAUACAAUAGAGUCCGGAAUAAAUUCACCAAGUGUGUUGUCUUGGUGGGAGUAUGAACAUAACAACCGAAAGAUGAGUGGACUUAUUGUAGGGAGUGCUUUUGGACCGGUUAAGAUCCUUCCUGUCAAUCUAAAAGCUGUCAAAGGGUACUUUACGCUGAGACAACCCGUAGUCUUAUGGCAAGAAAUGGACCAGUUACCAGUGCAUAGCAUCAAAUGCAUUCCCCUCUACCACCCCUACCAGAAAUGUAGCUGUAGCUUAGUGGUGGCUGCAAGAGGAGCUUACGUGUUUUGGUGUCUCCUGUUGAUAUCCAAAGCAGGUCUGAAUGUCCAUAAUUCCCACGUGACAGGGCUUCAUUCCUUGCCAAUCGUAUCUAUGACUGCAGACAAACAGAAUGGCACGGUGUAUACGUGCUCCAGUGAUGGAAAGGUAAGGCAGCUGAUUCCUAUAUUCACGGAUGUUGCUUUAAAGUUUGAGCACCAGCUGAUUAAGCUCUCGGAAGUGUUUGGCUCUGUCAGGACUCACGGAAUAGCUGUUAGCCCAUGCGGUGCAUACUUAGCAGUUAUUACGACAGAGGGCAUGACUAACGGUCUUCACCCGGUUAACAAAAACUACCAAGUUCAGUUUGUAACCCUAAAGACUUUUGAGGAGGCAGCUGCGCAGCUCUUGGAAUCUUCUGUUCAGAACCUUUUCCGGCAAGUGGACUUGACGGAUCUUGUACGCUGGAAAAUUUUGAAGGAUAAGCAUAUUCCUCAAUUCUUACAGGAAGCACUGGAUAAAAAGAUUGAGAGCUGUGGUUCUACUUACUUCUGGCGGUUUAAGCUAUUUCUCCUGAGGAUUUUGUACCAGUCAAUGCAGAAAGCUCCCUCAGAGGUCAUGUGGAGACCUUCCCACGAGGAUGCAAAAAUCUUGAUAUCGGAUUCCCCUGGGAUGGGCAGCACUGAAGAUGACCAAGAGGAAGGAACUUCUAAACAAGCCAGCAAGCAGACCCUAUGUGACACAGGCAAAGGUAUGGACAUAGAUGACACUGCAGAUGAUUCUCUUCCUCAGUCAAGUGACAUAGGAGGCCGCGAGCCAAUGGAAGAAAAGCUGCUUGAAAUACAGGCACAAAUUGAGGCAGUAGAAAUGCAUUUGACACGAGAACACAUGAAACGGGUGUUGGGAGAAGUUUAUCUACACACAUGGAUUACAGAAAACACCAGUAUUCCCACCAGAGGAGUCUGUGACUUCUUAAUGUCCGAUGAUGGCUAUGAUGACAGAACAGCACGAGUGCUGAUUGGGCAUAUCUUAAAGAAAAUGAACAAACAGACUUUUCCAGAGCACUGCAGCUUGUGUAAAGAGAUCCUGCCGUUCACUGAUCGCAAACAGGCAGUCUGCUCCAAUGGACAUAUUUGGCUCAGGUGCUUUCUAACCUACCAGUCCUGUCAGAGUUUGGUAUACAGGAGGUGUUUGCUUCACGACAGCAUUGCACGGCAUCCAACCCCAGAAGAUCCUGAGUGGAUCAAGAGGUUAUUGCAAGGACCUUGCACAUUCUGUGAUUCUCCUGUGUUCUAGAGAAAAGCUAUGUAAAGAUUGAAAGUGGUUUCUCUACUGCAUAAGCUCCCUUCAGUCUCGAAGGAUACAGAGCACAGGAAUACAGACUUUACUGGAGGGGGAAGACAUUGUCCACGACCCUGUAAAUAGAACAUCAGAGGGUCUAGAAACUCCCUAAGUCCAGAGCCCGUUCCAUGCUCCGGAAAAAAGGAGUACAGCUGGAAAAGCGAGUUUAUAAGCAGUUUGGAAAUGCACCCCACUGAAGCCUCAGCAGCUGGACACGCUUCUUUCUACUGAAAAGGAACUGAAGUCUUAAGCACGCAGUGUGAACUGUCCUUCCUGCCUGACAACUGUGCGAUUUCCCCAAAGCUAGGAUGGGAACAGCGGAGCUGCCUCUUGAAUGGUCUUGGUGGGUAGAGAAGGCUUCAGCUUGUAGUGCUCUCCUUUGCUUUUUAACAAGCACUGGCACUUGCUGCAGAAUAUUAAACUAUCAAAAUAAUUUGUGGUUCUAAUUUCUUGCAGAGUGAAGCGUAUGCCAGUUACAGCCAUAUGAAAGAAAUUGGCCAUUACAUUAGUUUCACUUAAAGUCUAGAAGAAUAACUGCCUCUUUAACUGUUAUAACAGUGUUGCAGUCAGAAGGGUAAUAUUGGCUGCCUGGGUCAAAUAUGGAUCAGUAAGAAUAAUUUUUAAGUGUAAUAAUUAUUAAACUAAUAGCAAUUAGAUUAAACACUAAUAUAUAUAUAAUUUCCAAGGCUACUAAGUCUCUUGCCCCACUUUCUUUUUCUGAACUAAGUUCUAACUAUUGCCUAGCUGUUGCCAAUGUAUAUGCCUUUUGUUUCACUUAACCCUCUACCAACAGGAAUCAUCUUUUCCAGUGUAACUCAGUUACCAAAACCAUUACCAAUUUACCUUAUUUUCAAUUUAAUUGAGAGUCUCUCUCAUACAGAAAUGGAUUUUUACAUAAUUUUGACAUUGACACACAAAUAAUCGCUCCCAGCUGACAGUUUCUCUUUUCACAAUAACACAGUAAAAAAAAACCAACCACCACCAUGGCCAAGAUGUUGUAGGUGAAGUUUCCACAGGUGGUGAUGGCGUCUGGUGAAGCUGUUUGUGCAUAACCCUGCCUCUCUCAGCAAGAGAUUCAUAAGUACAUCAGUGAUGUAGCACGGCUGAGCCCAGAAAUUUAUUCUGCCUUUUAACUGUCCUACCAGAAAAAAAAAAAAAUCAUCAUUCUCUUUGGUGUCUGGUUCCUGUGGGGAGCAGGAGAAUCCUUUUCAACUUCCUAUGCAGUGUUAGAGGAAUAAUACCUCCAAAAUGUGUACAGCUACUUGGUACGGUUUGUCUCGUUAACUUAAACCCAUGUUGUCAAAUAAUCCCAAGUUUAUGUAUUUACGUUCUCCAGAGCGCCAGUCUGGACACUGGGAUGUGUUGCCCUGUUUGUGGUUCAUGACACUUCUGACUGUGGGUGAAGUCCUCUGUAGCUAUUUGAGAAAUCAAGGAAUUGCCCUGACGGUAUCAGUCUCCAACAAUGCAUGUGUGGAUUGGUGCUUACAUUUCCUUGAUUUAAUGACUAUGCACAUUUUCUUAACGUUCCUUCACCUUUAGUAGGAGCAAAUUUUUUCCAGCUAACAUUAAAACAAGUCAGCUGUCCUUACUAUUCAGUGUUUCAUGCAUUAAGCAUGACAGUGCUUUGACUGAGAAUAUUAUUAAUAUAGUAGACUAGAACAGCAGAAGCACAUUCAUCUGUAAAAUAAUUAGCCUCGUUUGUAAAUAUCCUUGGAAGUGAUACCAUAAUUGUAUUAAAGAAAUGUUUAGUUUUUUAUUGCUGUGCAUUGAAAAUUGAAAUUACUUUCGUGUGUCUGCAAAGAAAGAAAAUGUAGAUCGUGGUAGCACCUAGUAAAACAAAGAGUAACUUUGAUACCCAACGUGUGCGUAGUUUGAGGCCAGGUACUGUACCUGGGGCAGCAUUUACCUUCUCCUUCCCAGUGCUGAUGGGGUUGGGGGGAACAGAACGUCAAUUCCCAGCACGAGCUGAACAGAAGGUAGAGAAAACAUUUUAAGUGGAAGCUGCAAGUCCUUGUCCAGGCAGUCCUGAGCAGUUCAUCAGUAAGCAUUCAGAUUCCAAAAUUCACCUGGUGACGGAAAAGGUGAGAGAACUCUCCAGAACCACGUGUAAGUGCUUUUAAAAAAAUAGCACAAAUAAGGUUUCUUUGAUACUGGUGUAGAAACCAUAAUAUCCUGAUCUGCUGAAAUGUUUUAAGUCUGGCUGACCAAAAGGUUCAGCAUGACAUCAUUAGGUUAAUUCCUGGUGAUUACUUCCAGCAUUCUUGAAUUUCCCUGGACUGAGUUUUAAUGCUUUGGACAGGUAGAAGCUCUAGUACACCUAGCAUUAAUGUUGCAGCAUUAAUGUUUAUUUUCCUUGUCUUUCAAGGCAGUAGAUACUCAGUAUACCAUUGCCAGUUUAUUUAACCUGGUUUAUGACUGCUGGGAGAAUGGAAUUUUAAAGCCAAUGAUGUCGGCUUUGCCUGCAUGCCCGUGGAGAUCCUUUAGCACAAAGCUUUCACUUCUCACCCUGACCCAUUCACAACAGAGGCUUGUGUUAUUUGCUGUUGCAUCUGAGAAUUAAGAGCCAGAGCUGCCCGCUGUGUUCUGUGUCUGAAGCCAGUGUGUCAUUGUCCUUGAUAAGUAGCUUCUGAUAACAUUUAAGGUUUACUACUCCUGCCAGUAACAAGAGUUUAUCCCUCCUCCGCUGGGAUGAAGAAAUCCAAGCUAACCCAGGUGGACUGUACGGCUUCUCAGAGCCUCGGUGCUAGAUCCGUUGUUUGAACUGAGGUGAAAGUUUGGGGUCACGAGGGCUCUGUCUUGGCUCUCCAAACUACAGCCCCCCUCUGGAAUCGGUGAUGGUGGAACUCACUGCUGCCUUUUACCUUAACUCAGCGAUGGGUUGGGGACUUCCUUGUUCAAUCAUCCUUGCCUUUUGUAUGUUCCCCCGUCCUAUAAAUCCUACUGUAUAUUGCUAGAGAGGAAACAGUUCUGGUUGCUAAUGCAUACAUCCAGGCAAUAAAUUGUUCCCUGAUUUUCUUAAACUUACCAGUUUAUCCAUUGGCUAAUGUAUCCUCAGUGAUUAUGGGCAGCAGAACAUCAUUUAUUCUAGCCUCAUCAAGGGUUUCUUGACAUAAAAGCACCAAACGCAAGCAUUACAGGCCUAGUUAAAGGCUAACGUCACACUGAUGCUGUUAUGCCCUAACCUAACAUUUACAGGAGACUUGUUUGUACAAGUUUAAUUUCUCAAACACAGAGCCCGCCUAUUCCUUGCCCGCUGUUUCACAAACCGGGUGGCCUUGCAGGCAGAACUGCUGGAGUCUUGGUUGCCACCUACGGGCUACGGCAUCAGGGAGAGAACGAGGAAGAGCGCCUGUCCCUGCUCCUCCGAGCCCUCACCACGGAGCAGGUCAGGGUUAAUCGCUGAAGCUGUCACUCUUCUGACAAGCUCUAAGCUUUGUGCAAGGCCAGUCGGAUGUGUCUACCGACAGAUUCCCUUCGAGGGGGUGGAACAGCAGCUGCAGGAAAAGGAAGGCUCCUCAUCAUCCUCUCCAGUCUGCCCUUCUGUGUGAGUGGAGCUGGGUAUGUCAGUGCCUGCUCCCUGGUGUCAGUCAUGAUAAAGCGCUUGUUGGCAUUUACAACCUAGUUCAUGCUGUUCAUUGAAUUCCUUCUGGCAGUCACCUGAUGUGCAGUUACUAGCAGUCUGAUACUUUAUAAUAAACUUCAGCAUUUGUUACUGCAGAGCACUAGUUCAUAUUUUUGCAGCUGGCAGUAAGGGCAAUUGCAGUCUUGGCCUCAAAGUGUUGGUACUCAGGGCAAAAGUCAGAUUUAUAGUAAGCAUCUAAAUGAACUGGAAGAAGCUGUUUAUGGGGUCUCAGUAAAUAAGGGUGAAAUGCUCCAAGUAGUUACCGACACCACAUCUGUCCUCAUCCCCCUGCUGUGUUCCCUUUUGAAGCUUUCUCUGUCCGGCCUGUAAACCCCCAAGUUGCACUGGUUAUACUCCAGACUUGCACCAAAGCAGGCAGGGUUUAUUCUUUAACCAGAACCGGUACAAACAUCUGCAUGGAGAUGCCUGGUGGUUCACAGCUCCGCUGGCAAACACCGGGCUGGAAAGCUGCUUUUUCGCUCCAUAUGGGUAAGCAAGGACAACUUGAGAUUGGCUUUAUUCAGCCAGAGUCCUGUCCUACCCAUCGAAGGUGCGGGAAUCUUAACAAGAUGGAGUUGAGCCAUUUCCUGGAAGUCUCAAUCCAUGAUCGUUCUUUCACAGCUGGUAGAGGUUGGUACACGUGUGCAGCGAUGCCCACAGAGCUUUAGUUUUCACUUCUAAUGGAGGAGGGCCUUGUACACCUGCUCUCACUUAAAUUUCUGUCUGUGCUAAUCUUUGGCUGUACUCAGUUUAACUCAGACUUUACACUGGAGACAUUCCCAGACCCUUGGUGUCAGUUGGAAUAUGCUUAUUCUGUCGCUAUUUUUUAACGCUAACUCAGUUUUUAGCACUCUUCACUCGAGAAACCUGAAAGUCCUGCUGCUCUGUCACAGUCUGGGUAGCGACUUCAGGGGCGUCGCAGCUGCCUGGGGAUGACUGGUUUGAUCGUUGCAAUGCAGCUGGUACACGGGGCACUUGUUAGUGUUCACAGUUCGGGUCAGAAAGUGGAGUAAUUCCCUGAACUGUCCUAGGCUGCGGCUGAAUCAACCCAAAUGCGAAUGUUUGUAGCACCUUCAUUCAUCACAGGAGGACUCGCGCCGAGCUGAGAGCCUGCAGCAGGGGCUAUGGGACUGCGCCAGCCCUGCAGCAUUCGUAUUUAACACAAAAGCGGGAGGCCAGCCCUGAAAAGGGAAAACCCAUGAGCCAUCCAAAUGGAACUGUUCAGAGGAGAGUUCAAUUUAAUUACUCAGCUAACCUAGUCGAUCUUGUCAUGCUACUUUAAUUCUGUUCUGGGGUGGGAGCGUUGUAGCUGGCCGACCACACGGUCACCAGGCUGAACGAAAAACAACACUGAGUUUUCAUCUUUAGUUUCUGGAUUUCUCCGUUGAGACUUAGUUCACGGGAGGGUCUGACAAAGUUGCUGUGAAUAUUGGUGCUGUGUAUAUGGCAUAUUUUGUAAACGUGAAGCAAACCUGGAUGAAUGUUUUGUAUACUGCGACUGUAGCAUUGUAAUC